AGGCCACUAUCGCACGAAAGAGUUCAAUUUUCACAUCAAACCAAACAUGAAUUAUAAAUAUUCACUUCUAUACAUAAUAAUAUCAUUCUAACCCACAAACCCAUCAAUAAUUUCCACCCAACUCUCUCCAACAAUGAGCUUACUUUAUCAUGAGGAGCCACCAAAUCCCACUAGCAGAUGCAAAUUCCUCACCUCAACCCUCAAGGAUGCUUUUGCCAAGUGCCAAACGUGCCGUGGACGGAUUUCUUCAAGAAACGCGGAUGAAGAGGAUUCAGGGAGCAAUGCGGAUGAUGAUCAAGAAGUAGUUGUUUCAGAGAUUCGAAGCAGAGCAAUGGAAGCAAAAACAAGACGUAAAGCCAGCUUUUCGAUGGAUAGCUUUAACUGGAUCAUCUCUCCAAGUACCGGAGAAUUGUUCACAGCUCCAAAUGCAAUGCAAAAAAAUGAGGACAGUGAUCAUGAAGAAAAAGAGGACUUCUUCUCUGUUGGCAGUUGUCUCUCUCGCUGCUCGACUGUUAGAAGUGUGGAAGAAUUUUUUUCUGUCAAGACACAAUUUUCUCGGUGUUCAAGCUUAAGCAGGCUUGAUUGUCGCGAUUUCAGGACCUUUGUCGUUCAGGAGUUCUGGCAUGGCAUUGAUUAUCAAGAAUUGUUGCGUCGGCGCUCAAUUAUUCAAGAGUUUUGUCACUGUAAGGGGUGGCCUUUUGGUCUCUGCCGGAAGGCUCUACUGCUUCCACCUCUGCCCAAAUCUCCAUCGGAGUCAUGGUCAUGGCGUAAAGGUGCUAGACUGGUGAAGCUACCUUGAUGAAAUGAUGUUUUCCUGUAGUUCUUGACUGCAAAAUAAUGUGAGAAUAAAAAGUGCAUUUAGUGUUGACAUUAAUGUAAUAAUGCAUAAAAGAAGAUUUGAGUUGCAACUGAAAAAGGAAUAUACCUUUCCAUUGCUAAUGAGCAGUUUCAUCCACUUAUCUCUUAUUUGUUGAAGAGAUGAGUGCUUUGGUGAGUGCAUAAUAGUACUAAAAAGUCUAAAAUCAUCUUGUGGAAAAUGUCAUCAUCAUCCAUUAUUAUGUCAACAAAGCUAUGUUUAUAUAAUUUCGACAAAUAUACAUCCAA